UCCCCCCAGUCCCAGCUCUCACUGUGUAAUCUUUAUGUAAGAAUCCUAUAGCAGAUCACAGAGUCAGACUGACAUGGGGAAACUGCUCAGUCUCACGCUCAUCGGGCUCAUCCUGGCCUUUCUAGGAGAAAGGAUCAUACAAUUAACUCAUCGGAUCACCUUCUUCAGAGAGAUAGAGAAUAUAGACCUUCCUAACUGUCAGUACUUGAAGGGAAUAGAGUUUGGGUCUGAAGAUAUAGAUGUUCUUCCUAAUGGACUGGCCUUUAUCAGCUCGGGUUUGAAAUUCCCUGGCUUCGUAAGCUUUGCCCCUGACAAACCUGGAGAAAUAUUUCUGAUAGAUCUGAAUGAUGAAAACCUUCAACCGUCUCCACUACGUAUCAGCAGAGGUUUCGACGUUUCUUCAUUUAACCCUCAUGGACUCAGCACGUACAUUGAUGAGAAGGACGACACGGUCUAUCUCUUUGUGGUGAAUCAUCCUCAGUAUAAAACCACCAUUGAGAUAUUUAAAUUUGCGGAGGAGGAAAAUGUUCUUGUGCACCGGAAAACGAUUAAGCACGCGCUUCUGCACAGUGUCAAUGAUAUUGUUGCUGUUGGACCUGAGAACUUUUAUGCUACUAAUGAUUUUUACUUCACGGAUUUCACCAUGAAACAAAUGGAAAUGUUCUUGGGACCAAGGUGGACAAACGUGGUGUAUUACAGUCCCGGCGAUGUCAGAGAAGCGGCAUCAGGGUUUCAUGGUGCCAACGGAAUUGCCAUGUCCAACGAUAAGAAGUUCAUCUAUGUUGCUGAUCUCACCGGUCAUACAAUUAAUGUCUUUGAAAAACAUGCGGACUGGUCUCUCUCUCCAGUAAAGGUGGUGCAGUUGGAUACGCUUGUGGAUAACCUGUCGGUGGACCCAGUUACAGGAGAUGUUUGGGCAGGAGCUCACCCAAAUGUAUAUAAAGUGUACUUUUACAAUGCUGAAGAUGCCCCCGGAUCAGAGGUUGUCCGCGUACAGAACAUUCACUCUGAUAACCCUAUAGUGACCACAGUGUAUGCCAACAAUGGCUCCGUGCUCCAGUCAUCCUCAUGUGCGGCUGUGUAUGAGGGGAAACUUGUGGUGGGCACAGUAUUCCACAGAGCCCUGUACUGUGAUCUGCACUAAUGUCACCCACUGCCGGACACUGCCCUAACUUCUAAUGGAAGCUAUUUCUUUCUCAGUGACUGGUAUGUGCAUUCGCCUAUUCCGGACAGGCCAAACGGGUGUCGGUGACCUUUCUUCGUAACACCCGCCAUUCAGACAGGCCAUGUGGGAGUGAGUGCCCAUUCCUCGUAACACCCGCCAGUCAGACAGAUCAGGCGAAGUUACCUUUUCUUUGUAUUGAAUUUUGAAUUUUAGUUUUUCUAAUGUAAAGUCCUCUAAGUACCAUGUGGGUUAUUCAGAGUUAUUAGCAAACCAAAAAAGUUAGCAAUUGGGCAAAACCAUGCUGCACUGCAGGUGGGGCAGAUAUAACAUGUGCAGAGAGAGUUAGAUUUGGGUGGGGUGUGUUCAAAAUGAAAUCUAAAUUGCAGUGUAAAAAUAAAGCAGCCAGUAUUUACCCUGCACAGAAACAAUAUAAAGAAACAAUGCAAAUGGGUAAAAGAAUGAGGCGCUAUUUACCAUAAAUGUUACUCACAAAAUAUUUUUUGUUUUUUUGGAACAAAGUGAUGAAGAAUAAAGUGUAUGUGCCAGCACUUAAAUUACAUUAUCAGACAAACAUUAAAAACAUUUAAAAUAUAUAAAAUACACUCCAUAAAGUGCAGGUCUUUGAUGUAAAUUUAUCUCACCAUCAAUAUGGGAUGCGGUGGGCUAAGCUUAUUAAGCAAAGAAGAGGUCCCGGGCUGAUAGCACGGCACCACCGCAGAUGGUUUGAAAGCCCCAAAGGUAAGUCUUUCCUGCAUGGAGUCUCUCCUGGUCCACAGCAAACAGGUCCGUACAACGCGUUUCGGUCCAAAGGACCUUUCUCAAGAACGGACACCAUCUGAGAAAGGUCCUUUGGACCGAAACGCGGCUUUUACCAGCUGUUUGUGGCAAGUUCGUGGCUUAUUCAAUCUGCCCCUUAAAAUGUACACCUAUCUCAGUGUUUAGUGUGAAUUAUGGUCCUAAUUCAGGUUAGAGCGCCCACAUUUUCUGCGGAGGGGGGGGUGCAGAAAAUGCGAUUGCCUCUGCCUGCCUGUCAGUCAGGCAGUG